AUGUUCUCCCGUCUUUUGUAUGUUAAUACUUUCUUUUCUGUUGGCUUUCUAGUUGGACCAAACAGCAUGCCAUGUCAGCUGAUGGUUGGAUUCUUUGCAUAUGCUAAAUCCCUCGAAAUUAAUGUGGAUAAGGAAGAGUUGGAAGAUGCUCAGUGGCACAGUAGAGAAGAUGUAAGAAAAGCUCUGACAUUUGCCGAGUACAAGAAAUCCCAGAAAACUGCAGCAGCAAAGGUAGAACAAAUGUGUAAGGGUGUAGAAAAAACUCACAGCUUGUCUACAGAUUUCAAUGUGGAAAGUGGUGAACUUGCACCAAUGUUUGUUCCUGGACCCUUUGCAAUAGCCCAUCAUCUUAUUUCCUCUUGGGCAUUCCCAGAUCAUAAUAUAAACGGAAGUGAAUGCCAUUCAAACAACCUACUGGUUCUGCAAAUUUGUAGGAUUGACUGACUAUUUUGUGGACAGCUUUGGAUAUAAGGCUUAUCUAUUUUAUUAUAUUGUUAUGUAUCUCUUGAAGGCAUACUGUAGCUAUAGAAGUUUUGAAUUUUUCAAUUUGUAAAGAUUAUGUACACCAAGAAUUGGAAACAUUUCCAUUUUAGACUAAAUAAAGUCAUGUUAUAAUAAUAUUA